UGAUGCACAUGCUUACACAGGGGCAUCACGUGAUACAGGCACGCGGCUGGAAAAGCAAAGUGCCAGACAUUUGUGUAAUGUGCUGGUUUCAGCUUGCUGUUGAACCUUUUUGGAAUUACGAUAUAUAAUGCAGUUUAACAAACGAAUAUUUUGAUGGCAUGUUUAUAACGAUAAUGUUUGCUGACUGGUUAGCCUGCAACGAACACGUGGACAUUGUUGUUGUUAGCCUUGUAGCUAGCUGUCAUUUCAUAGGCGACGAAACGGUUAGAUCGCACCUAUUCUGGUAAUGAAACUAAGUUACCUUGCAUGGCUCAUAAAAUUAAUCAAAAGAUGAUUGUUUUCUCAAAAUGACAAGUGAACGUAGAUCACAGAAAGACUGGUAUUCUAUACUUGAAUCCAGUCCAUCGGAUAUGCUACAAGACCUCAAACAGAAGUACCAAAGACUGGCCUUAAUGUAUCACCCCGACAAGCAGGGCCCAGAUGUGACUGUGACUGAGGCAGAGGAGCACUUACACAAGUUCAUUGAGGUCGAUCAGGCUUGGAAGGUUCUGAGCAACCAGGAGACCAAGAGAGCCUACGAUCUGCAGUUGCGUGCCAGCGAACUGAAUCAGAGUUGGCCAGUCGACGCCCAUGUCUGUCUGGACGACAUGACUUGGGAUGAUGAUAACGAGGUGUACACGUAUGGCUGUCGCUGUGGAGGGGAAUUCUCCAUUGGAAGAGAGGAGGCGGAGGGAGAAGAGGCCAUUGUGUGCUGUGAUACCUGUUCACUCAGCAUAGAAGUCAAGACGACAAUCUGACUGUCUCAUUGUUCGCCAGACGCCUCUAAAUCCUGAAGAGCUAGAUCAAGGAGGUUCAUAGUUUUCUUUUAAUCUACAUCCACCGAACAUGUGUCCACAUUUGAACCUUUAUAAAUGGGCAACCCCAUGGGACCUUGUGCACUUGUCUAUUGGACAAUGAAAGGAAAUUUGAUUUUGCUCUUUUAAAUGUCAUGCAAUAAAAUCAUUGUGCAAAAUUCAACUAACAACCAA